GCCGCCGCCCGCGCCGCCGCCCGCGCCGCGGCCCCGGCAAGAUGCUGCCCCUCUCCAUCAAGGACGACGAGUACAAGCCGCCCAAGCUCAACCUGCUCCGCAAGGUCUCGGGCUGGUUCAGGUCCAUCCUGGCGGACAAGACCUCCCGCAACCUCUUCUUCUUCCUCUGCCUCAACCUCUCCUUCGCCUUCGUGGAGCUGCUCUACGGCAUCUGGAGCAACAGUUUAGGUCUAAUAUCAGAUUCUUUUCAUAUGUUUUUUGACUGCACUGCUCUUUUGGCUGGAUUAGCAGCUUCGGUUAUUUCAAAAUGGAGGUCAAAUGAUGCUUUCUCAUAUGGGUAUGUUCGAGCAGAAGUACUUGCAGGUUUUGUAAAUGGUUUAUUCCUCAUCUUCACAGCCUUCUUUAUUUUUUCUGAAGGUGUUGAGAGAGCAUUGGAGCCUCCUGAUGUGCAUCAUGAGAGACUUCUUCCUGUUUCUAUAUUGGGAUUCAUCGUAAAUCUUAUAGGAAUAUUUGUUUUUCAACAUGGAGGUCAUGGACAUUCACAUGGUUCUGGGCAUGAACACAGUCAUUCUCUAUUUAAUGGUGGUCUCAGCCAUGGACAUAGUCAUGGAGGUCGUGGUCACAGCCAUGAACACAAACAUGGCCAUGGACACACUCAUGAUCAUGGCCAUAGUCAUGGACACUCUCAUAGUCAAGAUUAUUGUCAUGAUGACCAUUCUCUUGAAGGGACAGCUGGAUCCAGCAAACAGAUUUUACAAGGUGUAUUUCUACACAUUGUUGCGGACACACUUGGAAGUAUUGGUGUAAUCAUAUCUGCUAUACUGAUGCAGAACUACGGUCUAAUGAUAGCAGAUCCUAUUUGUUCAAUGCUGAUUGCACUACUUAUAGGUGUAAGUGUUGUUCCACUUUUAAAAGAAUCCAUUGGAAUUUUGAUGCAGCGAACGCCUCCUUCCCUGGAAAAUGCUUUGCCUCAGUGCUAUCAGAGGGUGCAGCAGUUGCAAGGAGUUUACAGUUUACAUGAUCCACAUUUCUGGACCCUCUGUACAGAUGUUUACAUAGGGACUUUGAAAUUACUAGUAGCUCCUGAUGCUGACGCAAGGUGGAUUCUAAGCCAGACUCACAAUAUUUUUACUCAGGCAGGAGUAAGACAGCUUUACGUACAGAUAGAUGUUGCAGCCAUGUAGUCAAUUUCUAAAAUAGAGCUGUUGGACCAAAGCUUUCUGUACUGUACGUACUUCUCAAGACAAUUGCCUCCACCACUGUUCCGGAAUUGACUGAAUAGACUUCUGCCUUUGGGCUACUGAUGGAGUUCACUUCUAAGGAGUAAAUAUUGAAUGAAUGUCAUAGACUUUGGGUGUUGUCAUUUUGUGGCCCCUAAACUUGUCAGUUUUUUGUGGGGUCUUUUUUUUACUUACUAGGUUUGUUCCAAUAGGAAACUAACAUUGUGGUACUGGAAACCCUGUCAUGUCUUCAAUGAAGCUGCUGAAACCACUGCUCAUUCCCAUAAAACCAGUGUUAUCAAAAAUUGGAAACUUGUUUUGUACAUAAUGUCACAAUGGCUGACAUGCUUCAAUGUAAUUCUGUUUGUACAAUUGUUUGUACUUUGCAAACUUAAUGAACCAAACCAUAUUGGGUUUUCAAAGUGCCUUUUAUAUCAGAAGUAUUUGCCAGCAUAGGUAUGGAACAUCAGAGGGUUUCAUUACUUUUACAAAUAUAUCUUGUAUGCAGUCUAAUAUUUACUAGUGAUGUACGUGGGUUUUUUGUGUACUUACAUAACUGUAGAUGUUAGACUUUCAUUACUCUUGUGUCUUACCAAACAGAAAAAAUAUGGUUCUAAAUGCUAAAUGUAAAAGGCAAAGCUAUUGUGAAGAGGCUUGUUUCCAAAACAAACUGGAUACUUUGUGGUACAUCUCAUGUGGAAAUUAUUUUAGUCAAAGUGUUAGACUUAAAUUCAAUUCCUAAGUUUCUUUAUCCUGUUACAGUAAUGAAACAUUACAUGAUGCUACCCAUGUUCAUAGUCACCAAAAGACCAAGCAGUUGAGGUAAGAUGCUGGUGACAAAAGCAAUGCCUAAAGCUUUUUAAUCUUCCAAAUUGAGCAGGGAAAAGAAAAGAAUUUAAUCACUAAGUUGUGUGAAAACUUAGUCUCCUUGAUUUUAAUAGACUGUAGAAAUUUUUAUUAUAGAUUGGUGAGGUAACUGUUGCUCUUCCAAAUAUUAAAAAUAAGUGUUCCUAGUGGAGAAUUCUGAAAUGGAAAUAAGGGUCACUUUUCACAUUAUUUAAAAUUAUGCUUUUCUAAGUUGACAAGUCUGAUAUUUUUGAUUUUAGCUGUCCCACUGUAACCUUGUCUGUUUUCUCAAUGCAGUAUUUUUUUUUUCCAGAAACAUUAGUCAAUCAUACUUUUCUAGCAUUUACUUUCAUUUUAUAUUUUAGUGGUAUUUUCAAAUACAAUCUGCUAGACUUGGUAUUACAGCUGAUGACUCUGAAAUUGUAGUAGUUAACUUGGUAAUGGAAGAUUUUAGAAAUGGACAUUUUACAAACAACAUUGUAGAGUAAAACAAGAUGAAAGCAUUCUUAUGAAAAAUCAUAGUUGCAACUGAUUGGUGUGGAUUUUAGGUGUAUUCUUCUGGCAGUCGAUAUGGGGAAGUACUGAAAUCAAGGCCCUCUGAAGCUGACAAUGUCUGUGUAGUAAGUGCUAGGCACUAUGAAAAUAUCUAAGAUUCAUUUGCAGAAACUGUUUGCUACUAUGAUAUUGCUGAAAUCAUGAUAGAGAAGAACUGUUUCUUUCAUUCCUUUCUGUUGCUUCUGUAUGGUAUCCAAAUUCUGAUCUCUUUCCACAUGAAAAUACUGAUAACUGCUAAAUUGAUGCAUCAGUUGAGAUGCAGAAACAUGAUUGUUAGACUGAACAAAGCUUAGGUCUGUUCACUUUAGCUUGUAACUGGAACUGAAAAUUGAGUAUAAACAAAUAAUAGUAGUAAAAAGCCAUGUACCAUUUUGAAGCUUUACAGUCCCGUUCUUCCAUGCACAUCCCAGUCUUCAAACCCUUCUUUGUCUCUCUUACUGGUUUCUGACCCUAUUCAGUUUUCCUGGGAAUGCAGCUACACUGUUCUGUAUCCCUCUCCUGUGGCCUUCAGCAUGGCAGCCCCAUCCAGCUCACUCCAGCACUCGCAUUGCUCACGCUGUGCCAGGCCUGCAGUUCUGCAGUGGAGGACGGCAUCUGAAGGCUGCACAGGCGGGGAGGGAGGGUGCAGGAAUUCACUGAACAAAUCUGGAUAUCAAUUUAAGAUAUCAUUCGCAUAUCUGAACACAGAAAACCUAGUUAAAAGACAGAGUUGUGAUAAUAAGUGCCAAGACCUCUCACACUGGUUUUGUAGCACGUUACAUAUUUCUUGUUUGUUGGUGGCAUGAUUUUUUUACAGGUAAUAUUACUAUGAUCUGAAGCUAUAAACAAAUCAUUUUAAAAGCAAGCACUAGCCAACUUCAUAGCAACUGUAUCAUGAUUCAAGAGCACACUUUGGUUUAAAUCAUUGUUUAGCAGCGUGGUGUGUAUUUCAGGUCUAGGCUUUCUAAAGUACUGUAGUGCCACCUAAGUUGUUAGGCCUGGCCACUGUUUUACUUUUCCUAAUGAAAAGAUAAUUGCUAUGACUUACUCUUAAGUCUCCAAGUGAGAGUCUACCUGGGUUGUAGUUGGAUUUUGUUAAGCUGUAAAUCUACAGACUUUUUAAAUACAACAAAUGGAGUGAAGAAGCUUUUAAGCUCGUUACAAUCACAAAAACUAGUUUUAAUCAUAUUCUGAAGUCUUCGUAUUGCCUAUGAGGAUUUCUUAUUUGACUUGCGUUGGAAACACACGCAUGCAGGUCUGGAUUUUCUAACCAAUAUAACGUAGAAACAUUGUCAUCCUUAAAAGUAAUGAAGCAAGUAUGAAGAUAUAUAUCAUUUGUUAAAUAUAAUUUUGAGGGUCAUAUAGGGAAGCCAGUUUCAAAGCAGACUUAGCCUUUUUAGCCAAGAGAUUCUACAAAAGACAGUAGAUAUAUCCAAUAAUUAAAAAUAAUCAUAUUUAGAAUGUCAAUAAGCAGAGUGACAGCUGAUUUCUUCACCUACUUGCUUUGGCUUUGGAAGACUACAAAUCAUGCAACUGAAAGUGAAAGCUUUCAUAUCUUGAACAUUAUUUUGUGUUUUGCUUGUUACAUAAUACUUUGCUUAUUAUAAAACUUUAACAUGUUAAUGGAGAAGCUUGCCUUUUUUUUUUUUUUUUUUUUUUUUUACAAAAAUACAGAUUUGUAUGAAAAACUAACAUGCAGUGAUGGAUGAGUAUCUGCAGAUAAUCUGCUAAAAUUGACUUUACUGGUCCCAGUACUAGAUUUUGAACUAAGUUUUCCAAACACACUUUUCUUACGUUUUUAUGUAGCUGAAGAUUACCUACCAUAGGGUUAUUGGUCUGCAUAAAGGAUUUUCUUCUGUGACUGAAGACAGCAACUUAGAUCCAUACUGUCCCAAAGGCUAAGUCUACAAGCAGCAUACUUUUUACAGCUGCUGCAUUUUACUGCUGCAAAAAUGUUAUUUCCAUUUUCUAAGCAGCAGUCUGUGAAAGUCUGAAUUGCAUUUCUGGAGAGUUUUUAAAAAAAAAAAGUUUUGGCGUUUUGUAUUUAAAAUGCCCCAAAUCUUUGGCACGCUAAACAAUGGUGGAAAAAAACUGUUCUUAAGAGUAUACAUAGUGAAAAACCAAUUCUUUGUAAGCUAAUUCUGACAACUUACACUUAUGGAUAGGACUUGUUCUUUAUACAAAUAGGGCCCAGAUAAAGAGCCAGACUACUUAUGUGAUUUGCUAAACAAACGCAAAAAGUGGUGGUCCAAAUAAAUGACCGUAGUGACCAAAUGAUUUAAACUUUGGUUUCAGUAGAAAAAUUCCACAAUCUCAUCACUUGGAAGAGCCAAUGACAAUGUCCAUUGUGGUAUUCUAAAAUUUCUAGCUGUUUUACAAGUGGUUCUUGUUUGAACUAUUUCUACUAAUAAAAUGGACCUUAGUUGAGUUUUAA